UUCGGACAUCUCGAGAGCGGAAAAGCGAGUCCGGCCAGAGCUGUCAACGUCCAUUUCUCUCCCACAUCCACUUUCUAUCGGCUCUCAUGUGGAAGUGAAAGCAGAAAGUGACUGGCAGCGAAGAGAUGUUUGAUUGAAAACCGGUCCUAAAGCAGGGCAAGGCCAAUCAGUUACUAUGAGCAGUGAGCUCAAUGUGCCAAUGGGCUCCCCCGCACCUGGUGGCUCAGAAAGGCUCCAGGAUGGCGGUGGGAUGGACUACAGGGACUGGGUUCGUCGCAGCUAUCUGGAGCUGGUCACCUCCAACCACCACUCGGUCCAGGCUCUUUCAUGGAGGAAACUCUACCUCAGCAGGGCCAAGCUCAAAGCCUCCAGCCGAACCUCAGCCCUGCUGUCUGGUUUUGCCAUGGUGGCCAUGGUGGAGGUGCAGCUGGAGAUGCAGUACAACUACCCACGGUUCUUGCUCAUUGCCUUCAGCGUGUGUACCACAGUGCUGGUGGCCGUCCACCUGUUCGCCCUCCUCAUCAGCACCUGCAUCCUUCCCAACGUGGAAGCCGUCAGCAACAUCCACAAUCUCAACUCCGUCUCCGAGUCUCCCCACGAGAGGAUGCACCACUACAUUGAGCUGGCCUGGGGCUUCUCCACCGCUCUAGGAAUCCUUUUGUUCCUGGCAGAGGUGGUGCUCCUCUGCUGGAUAAAGUUCUUGCCGGUUGACUCUGGGGCGCAACCGGCGUCAGUCCUGGCUGCCCUCAAGCAGAACUGCAGCACGCCUGCGGUUCAGCCCGGCCACAGCGGCUGGCAGGCGGCCUUGGCCUCCACCAUCAUCAUGGUGCCGGUCGGAUUGAUCUUUGUGGUGUUCACCAUUCACUUCUACCGCUCGCUAGUGCGACACAAAACUGAGCGGCACCAUCAGGAGAUCGAGGAACUGCACAAAAUCAAAGUGCAGCUGGACGGCCAUGAGCGAGGCCUGCAGGCCGUGUGAGAUCCAGGGAUGCUCUUCGUUUCGCGCAAUGUUCCAUCGCUUGACUUUUCAAGCUUCCGAGCACAUUAAAACUCCUUCUUGAGUCUUUUAGGCUUAUUUUCUGAGAGGAAAUGCCUUGUUACCUGGUGGAAGGAUUACAUGGAGGCUUCACAGCAAAAAAGGCGCACGUUUACGAGAUUUUAACCGCAAGGGCUAUUUAUUUGGUAUUUCUUUAGGCUGUAGGUCAUUUGGAUGCAUUUAUGUGCCAUUUUCUGAUUCCAGAAGUGGAUGCCACAGAGUGGCUUGCUUUAAUAUCAUUUGCCUGUUUCGCUUCCUUUUGCGGUGCCAUCCCGGAUCGAUAGUGUGCCACAGAUAAUGAGACCAAAUGAGUUGGUCUUGGAUCCACUCUGGAUCAGAGCUGCCAGAGUCACUGCCAGAGUAUCUUUAACUGCAAUAUCCAGCUUUUAUAAUGUACAGGCCUGUUUGAGCUUCAGUUUAAAGUGAUAGUUCACCCAAAAAUGAACCAUCAGUCUUCAUGUUGUUUCAAACCUGUAUGACUUUUCUUCAGCACAAAUGAAGAUAUUUUCAACUACUUUUGUCUUAUAGGAAAGGUCAGUAGUUUAAAACAACACUGGACUUUGCUGACUUUCACUGUGUGGACAAAAGAAGUGAUAACGCUUCAUUUCCCUUUAAGAAAACAAAAAAGUGAUGUCUGUGUUUAAUAGUGGAACUAUAAUACUGUAAUCUUUCAGCCUGCAGAAUAGUCGUCCCAAAAGGAUUCAUUUUAAAGCUGUUACAGAAGUAUCGUUCAUACUAGGCCUAUAUGUAGUGCAGUAUUUUUAGCUUGGGUGUGAAAUCUAGACGCUUUAGACAGGCUCACUGUGCGCUUGUAUAUCAUUGAAGGUUUUGCAUGUGUAAUAUAUUGCACCGUCACUUGUCAAGCACAAAGGUGGAGUUUUUAUCCAUUUUUUUUCACACAAGGCCUAUUGAAUGUUAUUCCUGUGGGCUACUAGAAGUUUACACUGUCGAUGUCAAUAACAAAUUAAUGGGCACAGUUAGUUGUAAAAAAUACUUGAGAAAGACAAAAAAGCUGAAACCGUUUAAUGUGAACCGAGUUGGCAGUCCUAUCGCCCCGCUCAAAAUAACAUCUGAUAUUUAUGUAACGUCAAUUUGAGGAAACAUUCCAGGGGGAAAGAAGUCGGACCAAUUUCUGCCUGCCUUAACUAAACUGACAAAAGUGCACUUGUAGGAUAGUCCAUGGAAACAGUGUCUCCGGUUUGACUGAUUUAGUCUGUUGUAGGUCUUUCAGAAUGCAGAGUUAAAGUUUGUUGCUUCAUUUCAUGCCUUAAGCAUUAAUUUAAUUUAAUAGUAUGUUCGUGAGUGGAUUCUGUAAUAAGGCAUAGUAAAGCACUACUCUUUUCAAGGAAACUUGACCAAAAUUCUGUGUAUUUUGCUUGUGGGGGCUUUAAAAAGCACUUUUCUUUUUGUGCGUAUGUGUGGUAAAAUACGUCUAUGAUCAUUUUUGAUACUUCUGUUGCAUUGUGCCACAAUAUCAGUAGAUAAACGCAUAUCUAGUGUGAAAUGUUUUUCG